AUGAAGGCAAACCAAACCCUGGACUCCCCCCCAAUCUGCAUUGCCCGUACAAAUCUAGCCUUUGGCUUCCCAAAUUUUUCAUCGCACGCCUUGCAAGCGGCCUAUCAUUCUCGUGGAGGGCUGUGCACCCGUGCUCUGGACGCCGCAACGAGAAGCACUAAGGACUCACAGUCUUGGAUUAUCCGAAAGUUUGGGAUCCGCGCCAGGCCUGAGACAAACAAGAGCCGCCGAAUCCCACUGUCCUAG